AUGUAUAACAUAAUCGAACAUGAUGUGGUGCUCAUUUUUCUGUUACAAUUAAUUUAAAUUCCAUUUUCAAUUAUUGAACAGAAAUAUAAUUUGUUAAUUUUGAAUUUCAUUGAAGUUUCAUUGAUAAUAGGUAUAUUCUUUAUAUUUUAUGUUAAGUACACUUAAUCACUAUAAAAUUAGACUGUUUUAUUUUUCAUUCAAAAGUAGUUUUAAUGCUAUUUCUAUUGGCUACUUUAUUAUCUAUGUUUGGUUAUACAGAUUUUUGGAUUAUAAUAUAUGUAUACAACCUAAAAAAAGACAUACUAAUCCUUAAUUAAUUCGCACUUAUUUCAAUGUUAAUUUUUUGUAUAAGUCAUUUUAAUAGUGUUCAUUAAAAAUCAUAUGAAUAAACUAUUGUAGAAUUAGUUUUACUCUUUUUAUUUGAUGUCUAUUUGUAAUACAAAAAUUAUAAAAUUGCACAUAACCCAAAUUCAAAUGAGUUUCAAAGACGAUUUAAUAUUAAUCAUUAAGAAAUAAAACGAAAAUGCUAAAAAUCAAAUAUAUCAGAUGUAAACCGUCAAAAUAAAGAAAGAAAUACAUUAUCAAUAAAUCAAAGCACUUAAAAUGAAUUUCACUACCAAAUUUACUAAGCAUAAGAUUCAAUUCCAAGUUUAAAAGAUAUAUUCUAUCCUGAAUGGAAGAAAACUUAUUUUUGUUAUUCUACUGAAGAAUUAUUAUAAGUUUAUGAUAAAGAAAAUUAGAAUUUAUUUUAUAUUCUAUAUAUAACAACAGAGAAAAAUUAUAAAGAAAUUUAUAGAGUAUAAAUAACAAGAAAUAAAAUCUAAGAUUAUAUAUUAAAUUUCACAAGACUUGAUAGUCUAUUAUAUUUUAAAUUAAAAGGAUCUAAAAGAAGAUUUCGAUAACAUUUAUCUUAAAUCUUUUCUCAUAAAUUGAAAACUCCAUUAAAUUAAGCAUUAGCUAAAAUAACAUCAAUGCUUACUGAUUUAAAUGUGUUACCAUACUAAAAAUUGAUACUAUCUCAAAUAUAUAUUUAAUAGAAAUGUUAAUUGUAUGGGAUUUUAGAUUUCUUAGAUUAUGUUAAUUUAGAUUCUCUGACAUUUUAACCUUAGCGUGUAACAUUAAAUUAAAUAAUUUAAAAUGCAAGAGAUUUGAUUAGAGAAUAAUGCAAGGCUAAGUAAAUUUAAUUGCGUAUUUUAAUUGAAAAUGUUCAGUACAAAGAUUAUAAAGGGUAUGAAUAUAGAAUAUUAGUAGAAUCGUUUUUUUAUACACUGACUCUUUGAAAUUAGAAAGAAUAUUAUAUAAUUUAUUAAAUAAUGCUUACAGACAUUCAAAUUAGAAUGGAAUAAUUUAUUUAACAGUUGAAUUAUUUUAAGGAACUGUAAAUUUUGCAAUAAAAGAUUCAGGAAUAGGAAUGACAAGAGAAAUGAUGGCAGAUUAUAAUUUAUAAUUUUAAUAUCAUUUAAAUCCAUCACAUUCAAUAAAGCGUUGUUGGAUUUAUAAAUUAGGAACAACUUUAUUUGUAACUAAUAAAUUAAUUCAUUUAUUGAAUGGUAAUAAGGGUUAUUUAGAAAUUAAUAAAUAAAUAGAGAAUGAAUUUAGGUUUUCUAUAUUAUAAGAAUUGAAUAUCAAUAAAGGUAUAUCAGAAAUAGGGUUUGGUAGUUUAAGUUCAGAUAGAUCAGAAAUAAAUGUUUUAAUAAAUUAAUAAGAUCAUGUUGAUGAAAUAUAAGAGGAAAAUGAGUAGAUAGAAAUUGAACCAAAAAGGUAAGAAAUAAAAAUAGAAUAAUUAAAACAUGUAAAGAAUGUAAAAUAAACAAUUACUUAAUAACCUUCAUUAUAAGUCUAAAGCAAACAUUCAUAAAUGUAUAAUAAAAGAUCUUCAUCUAUUUUUGAUGUGAAUUCAUUUCUAAGACAAUUUAGUUUUAAAGAUCCUGGAGUAGAUUCUAAUUAAGAAUUAAUAGUUGAUAAAGAUUAAUAAAUAAUGAUUGUUGAUGAUGAACCCUUUAAUCAUGAUGCACUUAUAAUGAUGUUAAAAAGAAUUGGAUAUACAAAUUUUAUACAUGCAUAUAAUGGAAGAGAAUGUAUCAAUAAAAUAUAAGAAAAUCAUUUAAAAAUUAAAUUUAUAUUAAUGGAUUUAGAUAUGCCCAUUUUAAAUGGAUUUAAGUAAUUAAUAAAUAUCAUUUAGAGCUACAUCUAUAUUAAUUGAUUUAAUGAAAUCUAAUUAAAUUAAGAAAAUCCCUAUCAUAGCAUGUACUGCUCAUGAUGAUUAUGAAACAGAAACAUAAUGUAAAACUCUUGGUAUGCUCGAUAUCAUUAUUAAACCUGUUUUUAUUAAGUAACUUUAAACUGUGAUCAAAAAUAUUCCUAAAACAUUUUGA